AGGGGACGAACAGCACAAGUUUUGAGGAUAUUGAGAAGGAUCUACACAGGAGUCUUCCGGAAUACGUAGGCUGUCAAGCUGACGAGGGCAUCAGCUCUUUUCGUAGAGUGCUACAAGCCUACUCGCACAGGAACCCAGAAGUCGGCUAUUGACAGGCGAUGAAUAUACUGGCAGCUGUGAUUCUAAUUUACAUGUCAGAAGAGCAAACCUUCUGGCUUCUCGAAGUUCUGUGCGAUAGACUUCUGCCUGGCUACUGUAGCCCAACCAUGCAUGGUACAUUGCUGGAUCAACGAAUUUUCGAGUCUCUUGUGACACGAUGCUUGCCAGUGAUAAGCGAUCACUUUCAGGUGGUUGAUGUACAGCUCUCGGUCGCAUCUUUGCCUUGGUUCUUGAGUUUGUACAUCAAUAGCAUGCCUAUGGUUUUUGCCUUCCGCAUUGCCGACUGUUUCUUCUGUAUGGAUCCGAAAGUGCUUUUCCAAAGCAAAGCCAUUCUCAAGAUUAAUGGUGAAAACUAUUGCAGAUACAAGACGACGGGGGUUUCUUAAACUUGAUGCGCAAAUACUUCGCCUCACUCGGUGACUCUGCGCAUCCAGAGUCUGC